AUGCAGAUGCAUAAACGCAAACACACCCGCACACACACACACACACACACACCAGACAUGGCUGAUCUGCUAGACAAAUCCGCGUCCGUCCUCUACAACAAAGAUCUCAACAACAAAGCCCAUUUCCAUGACAUCGAAGUCUUUUGCACCAAUUUCAUCAACACCAUAAAACCAAGCAACUCCACCAUCCCCAACUUGGAAAAACCCUUCGUCAUCAUCAACCAUCUGAAACUCGUAAACGACAUCCUCGCACUAUCCUCCACAACGCCCAGGAUCUAUCAAUUGGCCGUCUCCUUAGCUUCCCACAUAUACCCAAUCGUAUUCGAUCAUGUCGCAAAGACAUCCGAUUCCAACCUAUAUUCCAUCUUACAGAACAUUAGAAAACUAAUCUUGACUCGUUGGAAUACUACCCACCCUUAUGCAAACCCCAAUGAAGACUUGCUUCAAUUGAGAUUCGAUAAUGUCUCGAUAGACUCCAAGUUAGCCACUGUCAAAUUCAUUUCCAUGCUAAUCAUCUUACAAACCCCCAUCGAUCCAUCUGCUUCCUCCUUAUCUUCCUCCUCUUCCUCCUCCUCCUCCUCUGCGUCCUCCGCGUCUUCCGCGUCUUCCGCAUCCUCCUCUGCCGCUGCCGCUGCCGCCGCCGCCGCACCCGCCGCACCCGCCGCUACAAUCUCUACUCUAGACCCCUCUUCAAUCAACUCAAUCUCAUUGAAUUCAGUACCAAAUAAUCAUCCUGUAAUCAACGACAAACCCGCUUUGGAACAACAAGCGAAAAAAUUAUUGGAUUGGCUAUUGAAUUAUCUAAUAGAUGAACCAAUGAUGGUCUCAUCCGUCUUCAUCGCAAUCUUAAACGUUCUUUCCUUCAUCAUCGCCUCAAGACCACAUACAACCAUCCGUAUUCUAUCUGCCCUGUUGAAAUUCAACAUCGACAAUAAAUACCAAUUCGAUGAUCAAUCCAUCCUCGAAUAUAGAUUAUCCAAGAGAUUUGUCGAAAGAGCUUACAAGAAUUUCGUUCAAUGGGGGGUUAAGAAUAAAUAUAUCAACAAGAACAAUCAAAACAUCUUGCCCUUUUAUAACAAAUUAAAUAAAAUCGCACAAACUCUUCAUAUCAUUGGUGAAGAAACGAAAAGUAAAGGGAUCCUGAAUUUCGAUGAAAAUAAAUUCAACAAGAAAAUUAAUGAUACAGAAAGAAUGAAAAUUAUCAAUUAUAGAAGAUCCAAAUCGAAACAACCCAAUUUAAUUCCUCCACAAUCUUCUUCAUCUACACCAUCACUCUCUCCUCAACCAACUGCAAAUGCCAAUGCAAAUGCCAAUGCCAAUGCAAACGCAACUGCAACUGCAACUGCAAACGCAACUGCAAACGCAAGCGCAAACGCAAACGCAAACGCAAAUACAGAUCCAAAAAUUAUAGAUUUAUUGAAAGAUUUACAAUCUUAUACAAUGACCAAAUCAAACAUAAAUAAUUUCUUCAAUAAUUCUCCAGUAGCCAUCAAUUCUACAUAUUCUUCUCUAUAUUCUUUGAUGAAUAGUAACAACUCAAACAUAGACAUGUCCUUGUUCCCCAAUGAUAUCUUGAUUAAACUAUGUUCAGAUACUCUUUUCAAGAUUGAUACAAAUAACUUGAUCUCGGGUCUUUCCAUCGUAGCCUCCAGAUAUACUGCUUUGAUGAGUAAGAAACAAUCACAACCCACUGCAUCUUCCUCUCACUCUUCAUCUUCAACUUCAUCUUCUCCUUCUCCCUCUUCUUCUUCUGGGGAAAAUGAUUUGAAAAGACCUUCCAAUCGUGUUGAUACUAAAUCUAAUAGUAAUAAAAAAUUGAAAUUACAAAGUCCAAAAAAAAUUUCAAAUGAUAUUCAAUUGAAAAAGGAAAAUGAUGAUAUCGAUGAAGAAAAUGAAUUCGAUGAUAUUUAUUCAAAUUUCCAACCACCAAAACCAGAAAAAUUUACAUUGGAUGAAAAAUUCGCAAAUUUGAAAAGAAUCAUUAAAAGAACUAUUGAAUUGAAUGAAAAAGAUUUGAAAAAUAAUACCACUAAUGACAAAUCUCAAACAAAUGAUUUGAACAAGAUCCAUCUGAUCAAUUGGAAUUCUCAUGAUACUUGGAUAAUCAUAUUAACAAGAUUAGCCACUCGUGGUGUUUCACAUAACCAACGAUUGAGUGAAUUAAUUCGAGAAAGUUUAUUGACAUAUUUUUUUGAAGAUUUUAAUACUAGAAUCGCAAUGGUAUUGGAUUGGUUAAAUGAAGAAUGGUUUUUUGAAUCAAUGACAAGAUCUUCUAAUGAUAACGAAAUUUUCAUUAAUUAUAAUAAAUGGUCACUUCGAAUUUUAAACCAAUUGGUACCAUUUUUGGAAAAUAAACAUCGUAGAAUCUUUAUUCGAUUGAUGAGUGAAUUGCCAAGGUUAGAAAUGGAACAUAUAAAGACAAUCAAAUCCAUAUGUUUAGACCCGGCAAGAUCAAACCUUGGGUUUCAAACUUUAAAAUUCUUGAUCAUGUUUAGACCUAAUUGUAAAUCAAUUAUCCAACAAUAUUUGAUAGAUUUGAAAACUGAAGAUCAAACAGUGCUAGAACAAUGUGAUACUUUAUUAAACAAGUUUUUCUCAUAA